UGAACAUUGUUCUCCAAUUUGAGUACAUUGAUACUGAAAUGGUGUCUGGUUCUUUUCGAUCAUCUUCCGAGGAGUACACGAAGCUCAUUGGAAUAUACAGUCGUGAUCGAGCAUUGCAAUCAGGCAGAGCACUACAUGCUCACCUGAUCAUCAAUGGGUUAGUUCGUUUGACCCAUUUCGCUUCCAAGCUCAUAACUUUCUACACCGAGUGCAGACAAUUAUCUGAUGCUCGGAAAGUGUUCGACAUAAUUCCCCAAACAAAUGUCAGUCGUUGGAUUGUUCUGAUCGGGGCCUACGCCCGCCAUGGCUUUCACCAGGAGGCUAUGGGUGUCUUCUGUGAUAUGCAGAGAGAAGGUGUAAGACCCAACAAGUUUGUUCUCCCCAGCAUUCUCAAAGCCUGUGCACACCUCUCUGAUCAAUGGACCGGAGAGGAGAUACAUACUGUAAUUCUCAGAAAUAAAUUUGAUUCCGAUGUGUUCGUCAAUAGUGGAUUGCUGGAUAUGUACUCAAAAUGCAGACAAAUCGAAAAGGCAAGGCGGGUGUUCGAUGGAAUGGUUGAGAAAGAUGUAGUAGCUUUGAAUGCCAUGGUUUCAGGCUAUGUUCAACAUGGGUUUGUUAAAGAAGCAUUGUGUUUGGUUGAAGAAAUGCAAGAAAUCGGAUUGAACCCCAAUGUGGUAACAUGGAAUACAUUGAUUGCAGGUUUUUCACAAGCCGGUGAUGAUUCAAUGGUCUCUGAAAUGUUUCAACUGAUGCGUGUUGGUGGAAUCGAGCCUGAUGUGGUAUCUUGGACUUCAGUCAUUUCUGGGCUUGUGCAGAAUUUUCGUAAUGGCGAGGCUUUUGAUACAUUCAAGCAAAUGUUAGGGCACGGGUUGUGUCCAAGUUCGGCUACAAUCAGCAGUCUCAUCCCUGCGUGUGCAACGGUAGCUGAUUUUAGGCAUGGAAAGGAGAUUCAUGGGUAUGCGGUGGUGACUGGAGUCGAACAAGAUGUAUUUGUUAGGAGUGCUCUAGUUGACAUGUAUGCAAAAUGCGGUUUUCUAUAUGACGCAAGGACAUUGUUUCAUAGCAUGCCUGUUAAGAACACGGUUACUUGGAAUUCCAUGAUUUUUGGAUACACAAAUCAUGGGUAUUGCAACGAAGCGAUUGAGCAUUUCAACCAGAUAAUAGAGGAUGAUGAGAAGAAACCAGAUCACUUGACUUUCACUGCAUCUCUCACUGCUUGUAGUCACGGAGGAAUGGUUGAACUAGGGCAGAGUUUGUUCGACUUGAUGCAACAGAAGUUUGGGAUCAAACCAAAGUUAGAGCAUUAUGCGUGCAUGGUGGAUCUUCUUGGUAAAGCAGGGAAGCUUGUUGAGGCUUAUAAUUUGAUUAAAAUGAUGCCCAUUAAACCUGACGUAUUUGUAUGGGGGGCAUUGUUAGGGGCAUGUAGACAGCAUAGGAAUAUAAAUUUUGCUGAAAUAGCUGCAAAACAACUGCGUCAACUUGAGCCUGAUAGUCCUGGAAGCAGUUUGUUGUUGUCAAAUUUGUAUGCUGAUACCGGAAGUUGGGGAAACGCUGCAAGCGUGAAGAAGAUGAUGAAGAAACGAAAGUUGAAAAACUAUCCCGGAUGCAGUUGGAUAGAAGCCAUCUAAUAUGUAAUCCAGCCUACACAAUGCUAUCCUUCGUCUAGAACUAUCUAUGAAAUUUUGUAAUCUUGAUGUGAAAGAGUGAAUAGGUCAUGUAGCCCUUCAAAAUAUUGAGGCUAUUGAGUAAAAUACCAAGUUCUUUA